ACACACACACACACACACACUAUCAGCACAGCACAGCACAGCAGCGCGUGUACGCUCUUCUGUACAGGCGCGCGGAUAUUCUCCUUGCUUUGGCGGAGACGGUGCUUUUCCACACUGGAUUCAUUGUUUUAUUUUGCGUUAUUUAAGCUAACAGCCUGUGAUUCUCCAUAUUAUCAUCUUUAUUAUCAUUUCCAUCGCGGUGCUAGAGCGGAUCCUCUCGUGUCACCUUGAUGCGCAGCAUAUCGGAGCAUCCACAGACAGCCAUUACUGCGGAUCUGCUGUCCUCUCAUUCACAGCAGCAGCAGCAGCAGCAUCACCAGCGUACAGUAUUGCAGUAAAACAAAUCAGGAUCAAAGAAGGAACUCAUUCCGCAAUUAUCCACCCAGACACUACUGUUCUUCGGGUGUGAACACCAAUUCAGAUUUUUGAUGCUGAACUUACACUGAGCCUGGCGUCUGGGUCUCUAGUUGUGGAAGCAUUGAGGCGGGACCCUCAGCUCCAGUGCCAGUUGUAUUCUGUGGUCAUUUCCUAACCUAGAGACCCUGCCCAUCGUUCUCUGGCAUCAUGGGAACCGUCCUUUCCCUCUCACCCAGCUACAGGAAGGCUGCCCUUUUUGAAGAUGGCCCAGCCACGGUGGGUCACUACACGGCCGUUCAGAACAGCAAGAACGCCAAAGACAAGAACCUGAAGCGACACUCGCUGAUCAACGUCUUACCGUGGAAGCGGAUAGUAGCGGUUUCAGCUAAGAAAAAGGGCUCAAAGAAAGUGCAGCCCAACACCACCUACCAGAACAAUGUCACCCACUUGAACAAUGAGAACUUGAAGAAGUCGCAGUCCUGUGCCAACUUGUCUACGUUUACUCAAGACCAGUCAAGCCCUUCAAACCAAGGCUCCAAAAGCUCCAGCAAUGUGGCCUCCUCGGUCAAGAAAGCACCUCUGUCCAGCUCCAAUGUGGCACCUGGUACACCUAAGAGGGUGAUUGUCCAGGCCUCAACCAGCGAGCUCCUGCGCUGCCUGGGGGAAUUCCUGUGCCGGAGAUGCUAUCGCCUCAAGCACCUUUCCCCCACCGACCCAGUGUUAUGGCUGCGCAGUGUGGACCGUUCCCUACUGCUGCAAGGCUGGCAGGACCAAGGGUUCAUCACUCCAGCCAAUGUAGUGUUUGUUUACAUGCUCUGUCGGGAUGUUGUCUCAUCAGAAGUGGCCACAGAACACGAGCUGCAGGCAGUGCUUCUCACCUGUCUCUACUUGUCCUACUCCUACAUGGGCAAUGAAAUCUCCUACCCACUCAAGCCAUUCCUGGUAGAAAGCUCCAAGGAGACCUUCUGGGACCGCUGCCUGUCCAUCAUCAACCUGAUGAGCGCCAAGAUGCUGCAGAUCAACUCCGAUCCACACUACUUCACCCAGGUCUUUGCGGACCUCAAGAACGAGAGCCAGAAAGAGGAGGAAAGGAGCCGCUUACUCAUUGGGCUAGACCGGUGAGGGAAUGCUGAAGCGGGUUUUGGCGUGGAGCUGCACCCUUGUCUGGCAUUUUUGAAAGGGUUUCCAAAUUAAUGGAUUGACAAAUGUGGGAGAGCACAUUAUUAAAGCUUCCUAUGAGAAUUCUGAGAAAGUGUCCAGUAUUUAAUCACUGUACAAAUGAACCAUUACACUAUUGAAAACAAACGUGCCAAGAAGGGUCAUAAAAGAACUUUGAAGAUCCUUUCUUAUAUAAAGAUUUAGAAUGUCUAAAUCCUCACAAAGUUUUCCAAACUAUAGUAUUUAAGGAACCUUUGUUUUCAGAGCUGAAUGUUCAAGUCUGUGAUAUGAUCAAUGGAAACUUUGGACAAUUUAAACUGUUUGAUUUUAGGCCUUUCCUAGAUUUUUAAUUGGCCUGACCCAAACAGAAAUGCCAGACCCUGGAUGCACUCAAGUAGUCUCAUAUGUUAAAUAUUCAAAAUCACAGACAAAAAACAAGUCAUCAACAAGGUCAUAAAUAGAGAAAAAAUCAAGAAAACACCUGAGUAGGAACACCAAUUUACAGCUAUGAAUGUGGAGAGGCCUCCUGCUGCUGUCUAUCUAGCCACUACUGGACUACUGGAGAUGUGCACUGCUUUUUUGUGGAAAUGUUUCUGCCGGACUGUUCCAACAAUAAGAACAAAAUAAGACUGUGAUUAAAAGGCAGAGGACAUGCACUCCUAAACUGCGGCCAUGCUGUUUGGAUGCUCACCGAAUGAUUAAACACUUUUGGCUAUAGUAGCAUUACGUCCAAACACGUCCACGUGUCCACAGGAAGGAAGAGGCAUGCUCCAGUGAUCUGUGUACAUAUAUGUAUAUUUCUGUAUGUCUGUAGAGAGUUCAUGGAUGCCACAAUCGGAUGAUUUCUGAGAAAAAUGUCAGCGUUGCACGGUGAGGUUUAACAAAUGAAAGGUGUGAGGCGCACUGAAACGAAGGACCUACUUUAUUUUCAUCUACAAAACACAAUUAAGUGGAUGUUCUACUCUCCCUAGGUGGGCUUUUUCCAUUAGUUUACAUGGUUCACAUUCUUUUCUACUCAGAAAUAUAACCGAAUGCAUGCAUGCCAUGCAAUUUGUAUGGCAUUUUGAGGGCAUAAAAACUUAAUUUACUUCUUUCCAUUGAAUUUGCAUUUGCAUUUAGGGAAUGCUCUUUAAAAAAAAGGCAAAUCUAGUUUAUUUAGCUAUGCUUGCUACAAUGAGCCAUGAUCUUACAAAGUAUCUUUAGUUGUUUUGUCUUAAGUGUCACUGUCUAGUUUGAGCAAGAGUCCAUAGAAAAAAAAGCAAUGUAAUAAAAAAAAGCUAAAUGUAAUUUUACAGAAACAGUGCCAUACCUUUGAUAAAAAUCAUGUAGGUCUAAGAAACACACCAAAGGAGGGUGAUCUUUGAAACGGUUCAUUACUACUGAGAAUAUCUAUUCACUCUUAAUUUAUUGCUGUUUAUUUAUUCUCUUAGCACAUCCCUUGUAUUUAAAAAAAGUGUAGUAUUGUAUUGUACAGAUGAAUGGUACAAUGGCUACUUUCAUGUGUAGCAUUUAGAUGUAGGUGAUUUGGGGCAGACAUGAUUACCUUUGGUGGAAAUGAAGAUUGUAGUUGAUGCAAAUGUGCAUUGGAAGGAUUUAGCUAAGGAUGUUCCAUCGGGGAGCUUAGUUGAAAAUCUAUUUCAAAUCUGAGCAUCGCCAAGGGUAGUUCAUCAGUUACACGAGGAACAAGAAACUGUUGGUUUCAGACCAUUUUCUCUCUCUCUUUCUCUCUUUCUGACCUGCACCAUAAGUCCAUUCUGGUUCUAAACUGCUGGGACGUUCCACAUAUCAAUAGCCGAAAAGCAAUCACUGGCAGGCAGUCUAUUUCUGUCUUAAAGUCAUUUCAUGUCACGGUAGAAAAUGACAGCCUGAGAGAGCGAUUACUCCAACAUAAGCCAAACAUUAAUGGAACACGGUUCCCUGCGGUGGACUGGAUGAGAUGGGGCUGUGGGGUCAGUUUGUAAGACCUCUGUCCAGAUAAAGCAGGAUUUUAGCUGGACAAGCCAUGCUUGGAAAUGUCUGACAUGCGGAGCUUAAGGACCAAAAUGUCACUGAAUGAAACAUUUAUCCGAAGCUGGGGAUUUUAUUUUGUGGGCGUAAUAUGCUGCUUACAACUUUAUUUCUAAAUUUGGAUAAAUGCGAUUGUGAUUAUGUCAAUGUCAGAUGCUGCAAGGAAAGGAACAUUUUAUUACUUCAUUGUAGGAGGUUGAGGUAUAUUGAGUCAUCCAGCUGAAUUCUCAUCAAACGAGGAAGAGGAGGAGUUUACAGAUGGUUGAUGUGUAAUUGCCCGAUUUCUGAUCAUCUCAGCAGUGAUAAACUACGCAUGCUUUCUUUUAGUAGUUGUGUAUCUCAGAUUUUUUUUUACAGAGCUAGGAAACGUAGUAAACGUCAUAUAAACAGACGUGAUCAUUCAUCCUUGGACAGUAUGAGUACAUAUGAUGGCUGUGUGGUAUUAACAAUGCCCCUGAACUGCAGAAUGUGUGGAAACACUGGAUUGGCAUGGUUUUUGCUCCUCUCUGCUGCCUUGUUGUGUCUGACAGAGGGCAUGCGGGAAUGUAGUGGAGGAUGUGAGAGGUAGUAAUGUGGUGGCUAAUGUGCACUGAGUGGGUUCUGAAUAAGACUGCUGAGUAGCGCCAUAGGGACUAGCACUUUUCUCUGGAUUCAGCUCAGAGGAAACUAAAGAGGCUUUUAAGUCUCCAGGCCUAAUACAGGGGAGUCCUCCUUUGCUGCCUGCCAUCAGUUGCCACCACUUCACUAUGAUGUGCCAUUUUUCUUUUCACUUACAUCACUGACUUGUCAUUUGUAAGAGAGGAAACACUUUUAAAAACUUAAAAAAAAGACAAAAAAAGAGAAGUGUACUAGAUUACAGCGGUCAUUUUUUUCUGUAUCUCGUCACAUAUUUCUUUGUAGAACAACAAAAAAAGACAUGUUACAAGUCUUAAAAGAGAGGGGCACUCUCAAAGACUGCAUGUGUGUGUGACUGUGUGAGAGCUGAUUUGUAUAGAGGAGUGUCUAAGUUUUUUUUUUUUCUUACGGGGGCUGGGGAGAACGUAAGGCAAUGCUUUUUAGAGGAGAAUUCAACACGGGAUGGAGUUUGACUGGUGGGUGGGGUCGGGUUCCGAACUGUUACAUUUACAUUCUUUAAAAAAAAAAAAGGAGACAAAGUUGUUGCUGUAAUUGAACUUUUUCAGUUUGGUUUUGCUUAUUUUUAUUUAUUUUUGUACUGUGAUGGAAAAUAAAAUGCACUGAUCGUUAAA